AUGUCUACAGAACUCUCCCUGCCACCUUAUACUGACAAGGCCGGCGAAGUGAAAGACGGGGCAGUAAAUCAAGCUCUGAGCUUUCCCACUCAAACAUUAAAACGACAAGCCACUGUUCCCCCAUAUGUCGAUAACGACAAUUUCUUUUUCAAACAUGACCAAGCCGAGCUAUGCCUAAUGUUCACUAGUGACUGGAGGAAAGCUCAAGCGUGUAUGGAGACCCGCAAUGAUUUGUGGGCCAUGUAUUUCCCAGCUUCCAUGAAUCUCGAAUACGAUGGUGAACUGGAAGCUCGACUCGUUCAAGACCUGAGCGACUGGUCUUUCCUUCCGUCCAUCGAUGCCCCUCUUGCUCGGUUGGGGCUUCAAGCUGCUCGUCUCUGUUCAGUCAAAUCAUCAGUAUCCUAUGAGCGAAGAGUUUUGCUUCACCGCCAUAUAACAUGGAUAUUCUAUAUGGACCAAGUCAGCGAGAAGCUUGCCACCUACGACUUGCAUUCAACAGCGGGCACGGCCUAUCUUGAGAAUCUCAAAAGUGUCCUCAAAGGAGGUCCAGUUACGGAUAUGACGAAGUUCAGGGGGUCAUGCCCAGACGCUCUCAUCGACAACGCAAUCAACGCCCAGCGCAUCUUAUCCGAAGACUUAAUGCCGCUCAAGCGGAAGCUUCUUUCGCCACAGCACCUCUCCGUGUGUGUAGAUGCUCUUGACCUCUUUUUUGAUACCCAGAAGGAAGAAGGUCAAAGUUUCUGUGUUGAACCGACAUUGCAAGAUAUUUAUAAGACGAGGGCCUUCACAGUCGGAACCAUGGUUCCUUUUAUUCUUUUCCUUUCAUCCGAGCAGGCUGAGCUCUUCACACCUGAAGAUCCGUGUCUUAUUCAACUCUCGGUCAUGGCAGCUCUUUGGAACGACAUGCUGGGAAUUUUCAAGGAUCUAAAAUCCCUCGCCAAGAAAGAUGAUGGUUCUGUCUACUUAAACUUCGUUCGAGCGAGUAUGAGAGAUCAGAACCUGACUGUCAGAGAUGCUUUACAUCGCUGUGGUCAGCGAUUGAACAAUUUUAUUUAUGACUUUGAAUUUUUUUCAAACUCAUACCGGCCACUUCGACGUCAGUUUUACCACGCCAACAUGGAAUUUACCUUUAUGUACUUUGACUUUCAUUUGAUGGGAUUACAAGAAAGGGCCAAUGAGCGCUAUGGUUGGAAAAUCAUGAGAUGA